GACGCCACACAGGGGCGGGUUAUCAGUAACAGAGUCGGUCUGUGUGGAGCUAACGUAACAGAGGGACAGAGCCCGAGUGUUGUUUUGAAUUUACGGGAAAACACCGACUGGAGGAGGGAGUUAGUGCCUGUUAAGAAGAUGGCGGACAUAGGAGGCGAUGAAACUCGGCCGGCUUUCCCCGCGGCAUCCCGCAACGGUCCGCCGGUGGGUUCGUCGGCGGGCACCGCGGGCCAGAACGCGGCCACGGUAACGUCAGGUCCACGGAUAGUCCGGAUUGUGAAGUCAGAGUCCGGCUACGGGUUCAAUGUUCGCGGUCAAGUCAGCGAAGGAGGACAGCUUCGGAGCAUCAACGGGGAACUGUACGCCCCUCUUCAGCAUGUCAGCGCUGUUUUGCCCGGAGGAGCUGCCGACCGAGCGGGGAUAGUGAAGGGUGACAGGAUCCUUGAAGUUAAUGGGGUGAGCGUGGAAGGUGCGACCCACAAGCAGGUGGUGGACCUGAUCCGGGCAGGCGAGAAGGAGCUGGUUCUCGCCGUGCUGUCUGUUCCACCCCAGGAGGCUGAUGGAUUAGAAGGAGGGGAGGAUGUCCAACCUAACUACGAUUACAGUGACAAGCAGGCCGUGCCCAUUUCUAUUCCCACAUAUAAGCAUGUAGAGCAGCACUCUGAGAGAUUUGUGGUGUACAACGUGUACAUGUCAGGGAGACAGCUGUGUGCUAAACGCUACCGCGAGUUUGCUAUCCUGCACCAGAACCUGAAGAGGGAAUUCUCGAACUUCAACUUCCCAAAGCUUCCUGGAAAAUGGCCCUUCUCCCUCUCGGAGCAGCAGCUGGAUGCUCGUCGCAGAGGCCUGGAGGAAUAUCUGGAGCGAGUGUGUUCGGUGCGGGUGAUAGGGGAGAGUGACAUCAUGCAGGAGUUUCUCUCUGAAUCAGACGAGAACUACAACGGAGUGACGGACGUGGAGCUGCGGAUAGCCUUGCCAGACAAGACGACCAUCUCCGUCAGAGUCCGCAAAAACAGCACCACGGAUCAGGUGUACCAGGUGAGGCCACGGCAGCCGGCGCUAGUCAUGAAGGUUGGAAUGGACAGUAUUAUGGCGAGCUACUUUGCCCUUUUUGAAGUCAUCAAUCAUUCCUUUGUGAGGAAGCUGGCGCCCAACGAGUUUCCCCACAAGCUUUAUGUGCAGAACUACACGUCAGCUGUUCCCGGUACCUGCUUAGCGCUCCGCAAAUGGUUGUUUAGCAUCCAAGAAGAGGAGUUGCUCCGGGAUAACCCGCUGGCGCUGCAUUACUGCUUUCAUCAGGCACUGGAUGAUGUGAAGAAGGGAUUCAUAAAAACAGAGGACAAAUCCUACCAGCUGCAGAAACUGGCAGAGCAGCGCAAGAUGGCCACGUACCUGAGCCUGUUACGGACGUGUGAGGGCUACAACGAGGUGGUGUUCCCCCACUGUUCCUGUGACUCCAGGAGGAAGGGCCACGUUAUCACGGCCAUCAGCAUCCACCACUUCAAGCUGCACGCCUGCACUGAAGACGGCACGCUGGAGAACCAGGUAAUCGCUUUCGAGUGGGCGGAGAUGCAGCGCUGGGACACCGACGAGGAGGGCAUGGCGUUCUGCUUCGAGUACGCCAGAGGAGAGAAAAAACCUCGCUGGGUUAAGAUUUUCACUCCAUAUUUCAACUACAUGCACGAGUGCUUUGAGCGUGUCUUUUGUGAGCUGAAAUGGAGGAAACAGGUUGAGGAGGAGGCAUCUGACAAAGACAACAAAAACUGCAGUAACAAUGUAUCUGCCUCCUCUGGAGACGCAACAGAAGGGAUGGCGCCACCUAGGGGGCGAAAUCGCAACCUCCUAAAACCAUUUCUGUUCACUCGAACUCGAACUGGUCCACUUUGCAUCAUCACAGCCACCCCAGAGAGCGCCCAUCGACAAACACAGAAACGAGCGAGAGACCAAGGAGAUCCCCGCCCCAGAAAUAAACUGGCAGCGACCGCUGUGGGAAGUUGAAAUUGUCCCAUUUACCCGAAAUCCAGGGAUCCACCGACUUAGAAGAGCAAUGACGGAGAAUAUGCAUAAACCAGCUUUCAUGUAAUUUACUAGGUUUCCAUAGUGUGCCUGUUCCUACCAUUCGUCCGCCCUGCGGCAGGGGGCGCCACACUAGCAUAUUUUCACCACUGGACGGGUGACUGGUCAGGGUUGAAAGCAGCACUGUAGGAGGCAUUUGUGCUGAGGGAGCACCGCGGAAGAGCUAACCUCUGGAUAGAAAUGUGACCGUUUUUCUGACAGACCCCCUCAGCCCAAACUCCGCAGCUUAUCGAGCUGAGCUGGAAAAAAAAGGGGAGGGACAGCAGAAAAAAAGUUGUGUGUGUGUGUGUGUUUUUGUUUUGUCUGGAAGAAGGCCAGAUCAUGCUUUUACAUCGAUGCUGGACAUUAACACAGAAAUAAUGUUUUCUAUCUUCGGGUCCUUAGUGUCCUGUCUUUGUCAGAGAAUAUAGGCAGCACAACUGUAAACAGAGCGGAGACGGAUGUGUUCAUAUUUCUAUGUUUAACGAUCUCCUGAUAAAGUAUAGAUUAAUAUAAGAGCGAAAUUAACUGGUUUAUUGCAGCGAAGCUCAAGUUGAGUCUAAAUCAAAAUGCUCUAACCAGUCUUUUUUUCUUUCUUUGUUACCUGGUGUGUUGGUCUAACCAAGACUGCAGAGUGAAUGCUGGAAACAGACAGCCACUGGUCUCAGUGUGUGGACACGGAGCCCUACGAAAAGUGUUAUGCUGGGGCCAUUCGGCAAAGCUUGGUAACUAAUAGGGGGAGGUGUCGCUAUCCUCAGGUUUCCAGGAAAAACUAGAAACUAACGACCAUGAGUGAUCCCAGCUGUCACGUGGGUAAUCCCAUCAUUACAUUGUGAAUGUUACCAGUUUCUGAGCCUUUUUUGUGGGGGAGCUGCACUUCUCCGGACAGACAGUAGGUGGUGGCAGAGUUGUAGGCUGAGGGCGCUAGUGAGCUGGAGUGAAAUUCCUCCCAGAGCUCUUUCAGAAUGACACCUCCGGGUCUGUAGCUCACCCAAAAGUGUCACUGCCCUGCAGUUCGUCCAUUAGGCAAGUCCAGAGGAAAGACUUUGAGCUUGGUGUGACUGAGCGGUCAGCCGUUUGCCCCGCUCGGACAGCAGGGACGCAGUGUUAGCUGUGUGCUCCCGUCACACAUAAUGUCUGCGUUUUGCAGUUGCCCACACUUUGUGAAUUUAUUGUUUUUCUCACAGAAAAGAUAGAGACAAUAGUUGGAUUUGUUUGUGUGAGUUUUUUUUUUUUUUUUUUUUUGCUGUUAUCUCACCUAAAGAACAGAACGUGGGGUUCCAUGCUCACAAAAGAUACUUCUUAAUGGAGAGUGUG